AGCUUCUCUGCUUUGGGGCAGAGCUCGGUUUUCUGUGCAGACAGGCAGAGGGGAAAAUCGCUGCAACACAGCGUAACUCUGUUGUGACCAACAGGCCUGUAUCGAGAAACAAGUGAGAAAACUGGAACGCCAACACGGAUUUCCUGUGGGACAAGCGAACGGGUCUCGCUGCUAGAAGGAUGCCUCACACGAGACGAUACUCGUCGUCGGACAGAGACAGUCGAAGCAGCUUCCAGGACCGUUACAGAGACAAAGACAGCCGGAACAACUACCCUGAUCGUUACAGGGACAGAGAGAGAGACAGAGAAAGGGACAGAGGACGAAGAUACCGACACAGAAGAUCACCAACAUUCUCAUCCAGCAGUGACAGAGAACGUGACCGAAAGGGGCGGGGACACAGACAGGAAGGAAGCCAUGUACGAUCGAGGAGUCGUAGUUAUGACAAUCGUGCGAUGGAUCAUCGACUGUUUGACAGAAGAUACUACGAACGCGACCGUGAAAGAGAUAGGGAGCCACAUGGAGCAACAGAAAGUUACUACCCACGCGACUUCACUCCAAACAUGUUCGACUACCGACGAGGUCGCGAAAGGGAGCGUGAGCGGGAUGAUUCCUACAGACGGAAAGGCAGCAGGCGUAAGCACAAACGAAGGCGGCGUAGAACCAGGUCCUAUAGCCCCUCCUCCUCGCGGAGCGGCAGCCGGACGAGGGCAAUGAGUGUGAGGGACGACGAGGAAGGGCACCUGAUCUGUCGGAGUGGGGACGUCCUACAAGAGAGAUAUGAAAUUGUCAGCACUUUGGGAGAAGGCACCUUUGGGAGGGUGAUGCAAUGCAUUGACCAUCGCAGGGGAGGAGCUCAUGUUGCUUUGAAAAUCAUCAAAAAUGUGGAGAAGUACAAAGAAGCAGCUCGCCUGGAGAUCAAUGUUCUGGAGAAGAUCAACGAGAAGGAUCCUGACAACAAAUUCCUGUGUGUACAAAUGUACGACUGGUUUGACUACCACGGUCACAUGUGCAUCUCCUUUGAGCUGCUUGCUCUCAGCACCUUUGACUUUCUGAAAGAAAACAACUACCUGCCCUACUCCAUUGGGCAGGUCAGACACAUGGCCUACCAAAUCUGCCUGGCUGUGAAGUUCCUUCAUGACAAUAAGCUGACACACACAGACCUGAAGCCUGAGAACAUCCUGUUUGUCAACUCUGACUUUACCAUGUCCUACAAUGUAGAAAAGAAACGAGAAGAACGGACGGUAAAAAGCACAUCAGUGCGCGUCGUGGACUUUGGCAGCGCCACUUUUGACCACGAGCACCACAGCACCAUCGUGUCCACGCGGCAUUACCGUGCCCCUGAGGUCAUACUGGAACUCGGAUGGAGUCACCCAUGUGAUGUGUGGAGCAUCGGCUGUAUCCUGUUUGAGUACUACCUGGGCUUCACCUUGUUCCAGACUCAUGACAACCGGGAGCACCUGGCCAUGAUGGAGAGAAUCCUCGGACCUGUGCCGUCCAGAAUGAUACGAAAGACGAGAAAGCAGAAGUAUUUCUACCGCGGUCGUCUGGACUGGGACGAUUCGCCCUCAGACUAUGUUCUUGUAACAGGAAAAUACGUCAGAGAAAACUGCAAACCUCUGCGGCGGUAUCUGUUGUCAGAAGCAGAGGAGCACCACCAGCUGUUUGACCUCAUUGAAAGCAUGUUGGAGUAUGAGCCGUCUAAAAGGCUCCUGCUGGCCGACUCCCUCAAACAUCCUUUCUUUGAGAACGGAGGUGUGGGCGAGGCCUCGGGUAGCAAGAACUGGGAAGGCAAUAGAGACAUCAGCCGGUGACCCGCGAACCUCCAGAGACUUAGACACAGAUGAUCAUGGUUUAUAUGUGCUAUAGGUGAAUGAACAGCAGCUGUUGACAUUUUUCUGUCGUUAAACAUUAAAAGCAUGGACACGCUCACUUUUUCGGCCCUCGGUCCUGCCCUCGACCUCCACCUCUGCAGCCUCAAGGCAUGUUUUAUCCUCCGCAGAGAUCGAAAGUUGCCAGAAAGAAUUAUGAGUUAUGUUGUUCUGGCCCCAGAAAAAUAGUUCUAGUUGAAGGAAGCGUUGUGUGCAGCUCCUGUCUUCCCUCCUCAUCCGUCCAUCUGUCAACCUCAGCAGCAUGUAACGAACAAAACAUCUCCACUGUCAGAGGAAACAGUUCCUCCUGCAGACAGUUCCUGGAGAAGAUGUCUUCCUAAUGUGACCUACAGUAGCCGGGGUUAAAGAGUUGGAGUUGUGAAUGCAGCUCAGAUCUUCACCGUCAUGAAAGUUGGACACGUAACACCGAUCAUCAGCCGAAUCUCCAGCAGAGGCCAGUGUCUCAAGUUUUUGGUUAAUGGGUGAGUGCUCACACUGUGUAUGAAUUGUUCGUGUUUUUGCUUUUUUUCUUCAUGUACAGUAUAAAAAAUAUCCCAGUGUGGAUGUGGUUUAUAUCCACUGAGAAUAUGCCAACGAGAUGAUGAAAGUGAUUGGCAUUGAAAUUCAAAAACCUAGGCUUUUUUUAAUUUAAAAAAAUGCCUUUCUUAUCAAUAGCUAUAUCUGUUUACGUUACACAAAUGUUUCUGGUUGUGUGUGUGUUUCUGGUCUGGGAAUGAGUGUGUGUAGGUGUGUAUGGAUGAUGUCCUUUUUUGCUUUUUAUUGUUUUUGGAUAAACAGAAAACACACACACAACACAACUGCCUUUAUCUGAUUGUGAUAUUGGUUGAUUUAAUGUAACCUUUUACAGUUAAGCACACAGCUCCUCCAGGAACCAGCAAGCCACACACACACACACACACACACUCCUGUUGAUAUAUUUAUUUCAUUAUGCAGUUCAUGUGUUUACCACUCCCCAUCUGUAAAUGACAUGUUUUUGUAUGAAACUAAAGCGUAUAAAAGUGUAUAUAUGUACGAUUGUGUAGAAUAAAGUUAAAAGUCCUCCUGACCAGUGUAUCAGUCUGAGCCUGUGCUGGGUAAGAGGCCGUGCUUGUCUUUAAAUACU